AAGAUCAAUAAAACAAAAAGUAGCUGUUGCCUACAGUAAAGUGUGAAAGAUCCAGCAAUAGAAGAAAGUACAAACACCAAGUGUUUCGUUGAAAAUGGCGUGGCAUACCCGCAAAUCACUUACCUGUCUUAGCAUCGGCUGGCUCAUGCUUUUGUUGGACAUGCCGCUUGUGCUGAGCGGCAAAAGCAGCUGUCCAUAUGACGUCUUCAAGCCACAGAAGGCGACCUGUACAAACGACAUAGCUCCAAGCAUAAUAAUUAGCACCGUGCGCGCAGAGCAAAAGGAGCUAAAUGUAACACCCGUUCAUAGCGUGAAUAUCCCCUUCAAAACGGCCACAUUUGGCAUGGGCUGCUUCUGGGGUGCUGAAUCGCUGUUUGGCGGCACUAAGGGCAUCUUGCGCACCACUGUCGGCUAUGAGGGCGGCUCCAAGGAUUCACCAACUGGUGACCACACUGAAGUUUUGGAGAUUGACUAUGACCCCAAUGCCAUUUCGUUCAAACAACUGUUGCAUCUCUUCUGGAACAAUCACGAAUAUGGUCUCACCAACCCCAUCAAGCGUCAGUAUAUGUCGUUGAUCUUGUACCAUGAUGAUGAGCAAAAGAAAAUCGCCGAAGAAUCUAUCGUUGAGGAACAAAAGAAGCGCGUACCUGAGAAAAUUAUCACCGAGAUUCUGCCGAAAGGCAAAUUCUACCCGGCUGAAGACUAUCACCAGAAAUACCGCCUCCAAGGUCACAGGGAUCUUGUAGAAACUCUGAAUUUUGAUGCCAAGCUACUGCGCACUUCAUACAUUGGCACUAAAUUGAAUGGUUAUCUGGCUGGCGUGGGCGGCAUCAAGCAGUUCAAAGAGGAGGUCGACACUUUCGGUCUGACGCCAUCACAAAAAGAAUACUGCUUGUAUCAUGUGGAGCAGAAUGAGGGCAUGGGAUUGUACUGCUGACCGAAUGAUGGAUCGUCAUGUAGCUAUCGGCGCCGUCGUGGGCCGUUGAUUGAUGUGAAAAAGCAGAAAUAUACUUCUGCAUGAAUUUAAUGAUAUUUAUUUGUUCAAAAUUGGUUAAACAAUGAUUAUCUCAGCGAAGCAGUUCGCUUCGUUUUACUUUAAUAGUAGUUAACGGUGGAUGCAGAUAUUAAGUGCAUGCACACGUAAGGCUUAUGUAUUAUUAUUUUUAUUAUGAAUGUAGUAUGAAAUUAGAACUUUUUAUGAUAUAAUUUUAAAGUUUUAAGUGAGUGUGAUAGAAAUAUUCCAAAAAAUGUGUGAUUCUACAAAAAAAAACUCCAAAAAAAGCUAUGGGAAAUACCAAUAAAAUAGAUUUUAGUAAAUGA